GAAGAAUAUAUUGAAGUAUGCAAAAAACAUUAUUCAAUUGCCUCUAUCGAACAGCACAAUAAUCAGAUAAUACAAAGACGUUAGAAUUAUUUAGGAACACGUGUGAAAGUGGCCGUUUUGAAAUGGACGCGAUUCCUAAUGCACCUCCUUUGGAAUUGUUACGCAAGUUGCAAUUGUUCCGAACUACCUUAGUAAAUUUCUUGUCGUGGAGAAAUUUUUCAGAUGUCGUUGCGGGUUGCUAUGUGCGCGUGUUGCUGGAGAUGCGCAAUGAGGGUACACGGCAGGAUAACAACGACCACUACUAUGUUGCUUGUGUUAGAGGUGUCCAACAAGGGCCGACAUACUCUGGCUUUGCGGCGGAUGGAACCUCUACGGAGAUACACAUUGUUAUAGACCUACCACCGUGCUUUAAGUCGACUCAAAAUGGUAACGUUGUGCAGCUCAACUCCAUUUCCAACUCCCCCUUCCGUCAGACCGAGUAUCAGCAAUGGGUUCAGAUGAUCGAAGCAUUUGAUCAUCCCUUCCCUAGUCUUCCACAGCUACACUUCCGUUUGGGCAUGCUGGAGGAGCAGAAGCAGCAGUCUCUUCUUUCUGAGAAUCGAAGACGGCGCAGGGAUGAGAGUCCGCAGGAGGCUUCCGAAAGAGAGGCGCGCAUGAAGCAGCUCAGCGUUGAAUUGAGGGCAGAGAUUUUAUCUACUCACUUGAGCCUUCCUCGGAUUGACGAACUGAGGACGAAAAAUAUAGAGGACUUGCAGGAGAUUGAGCGAGAGAUGCUCGAUCUCAUCUCCAUGGUCAGGGUGGCUAUUAAUGAGCGGUCCAAGUGUAUGGUGUGUCGUAAUCGAGUUUGCACAGAGGUUUGUUAUCCUUGCAAGCACCAAGUUCUCUGUAAAGACUGUGCUGAUAAGGUCUACGAAAAGUGUCCAGUUCCCGGGUGCAUUACACCGGUAACAUUCAUCUUUGAGCCAUACACGUCAUGA